UGAGGGCACAUAUAUGUAUUACUCCAUAUGUGAGGGCAGCAGUGGCGCCAUGUUGUACUGUAGCGCUCUCCAUGCGGCCGUAACUCGAACUAUUCUCUCGUCGAAUUCGUCGUCUUCGUCUUGAUCUCGCUCGGACAAGUUUUCUGCCUCGCUUGUUGAAUGCCUUUUUGGCUUCUUGCAAUUGUACUAGACGCUCGUCUAUUUCUUCGACUGUUAUUGUCUUGGAACCAUCUUGAAUCUGAACUAACACGUUCUCUAUGCGGCUAACCUUGCCCUUGACGCGCCCGCGUUCCUUGCGAAUCGCGGUUAAGGCAGCCUCCAUCUUGGCGUUCUCGAUGUUUCGAUCUCGCUGAAUUUCAUGAGAAAUUUGUCACGUAAACUUAUAGCCCUCAGUAUUGAUACUGGCACUAUCGUUCACAACUUGUUUUUACCAUCCGGCUCGAAGGACCAUGUUUAGGAUUGAUAAUCUCUUUAUUAACUUACAACAAAACUAUGAAAAACAAUUUUUGCGACCGGUCGACGAUUCUACUCGACACAUCGAAGCCGACUGACUACUAGCGUUGACUGAAGAUAUUUAAAGACAGCCAGCCAUGGGUAACGAUGUGAAGCAAGCAAAAGGGCACGAGGGGCACGGCGCUAACCGUGUAGUUCUGCAUUAUCGGUUGUAUCGGUAAAAAAGGAACGAUAGUAUGCUGUUACCGUAGCACAGAAAAUGUCCUGUAUUAUCCGCGGAAUGUGCCUCGGUUUUUGCUAUAAACUGCACGCGAGCUCAUUCAAACACCAGCCAUGGAGGAGGAAGCACAAAAGAAUAAUCAGACGUUGCCAUCUCCGGUACAUCUUGUACCGGAGACCAGCGGCGAGGCCGGCGAAUCAAACUCUCCGGUACAAGAUGUACCGGAGAAGACGACGGAAAAGAAGAUAACGGAAACACAAGGUGUACCGGAGGAAGCUACGGGGAGCGAACCUCCGGUACAAGGUGUACCGGAAAAGAAAGGCAACGACGAGAAAAACAAGAAACGCAAAAAAACACGCGGCACCGCCGCCGGUGCCAGAAAGCACGGAGGCGGCCGCGGCGGACGAGGAGGAAGGGGCGGGGGUACCGGCGGCGGCGGCGGCGGCUUCGCGAAGAGCCGCCACAAUUUUAUUUUUAAUAUAUAUUAGACAAACAAAAUUUAUAAUAAUAGUAAUAAGGUAA